CUCCUUCACAUUGACUGCUCAGCACAUGUGGUGUGCACCGGUCAAGGCUUCCAAACAUGUAGGUCUGAACCAAACAUGGACGUCAGCAACAAGCGGUCACGUGACUGAACCGAGCCUCCUGGUUGGUCCACGUCGACCUAACGCCACCAGCAUCAGACGAUCCUACUCCGUCUUCAAGGUUAAAAUCCCCAACAGCGCUUUCUUUACCCCCCCCCCCCAGUACCUCACGACUGCAUCUCUUCAACGUUCUAGAACAACCAAGCAUGUGAUUAUAGCUCGGCUUCACCCAAAGUGGGGUGCUUUGACUCUGUUGAUGGAUUCUUGGAAGAAGGAGUACUCCCCCAGGAUACUCUCCAGACUGGAGUUUAUUAUUAUUUUUAUUAAUUUUUUUGCUGUAGUAGUUGUUGUUUUUUGCAUUAAUAAUAUUAUUAUAUAAUUAUUAAUAAUAAUUGAGCUACGUCAGUUGGAAAUCUACCAAAUGUUCAACAUACAUUUUUUGUUUGGGGUUUUUCAGCACAAGAGUUAUGAAGUACCUCUUAUGUCUGAGAAUGGGUUUGAUUUCACUGCACUAUUUGUUGUAUGUUUCAAAGAGCUUUGCCAUUCAAAACCUAGAAUAAACCGACAGAACCAGGAAACCUAAAAGCCGGAAUGGACGGAAAAAUCUACUGUGUUCAGGAUGUUGGUUUUUGCGUUAGCAUCCUUUUAUCAUUAGACUAGUUUUCUGCCAUUAGAUACCUCUAAACGUUCUUUAUAAAAAACUAAACUAGACUCAACCCACAAUUGAAUGGGUUGAUGUUAUAGAUAUUUGCCAUUCACAAAUGUUCAUUAAUAGGUUGAAUAUAUAAAACAAUUGAAUUAUCUUAUUGAAGAUAAGACUGUUGUUCGGCAGCUGUAAUAAUUUGGCCUUAUGCUAAAUUAUUAAACUGUAAGCACCUUGAUCUCACUAAUCACGGCAGAAAACGCAUCUUUGUUAUAGAUCAUUUCAAGUGUAGAAAACAAACUUUUGAAGUCAUUCAGAGAAGCCCUCUUGCGUGUGAGGUGAUGAAAUCUAGACUGCUCAGGCAUGUGUCACUUAUUUUCAGAAACCGAGAUGGUGACGGCAAACAACUUUUGCACAUCGCGUGCAUUGCGAGGCUUCAAUCCCUCAGCUCGUGGUUAAAUUGAAUGAUCGCCCUUUUUUAAUUUAAACUCGUUUUCUAUUAAAUUAACACGACUAACGGUUGAGCCUAUGACAUAGGCUACUCCAUAUCCUCUCCACAGCGCAGCAGUGACGAUGUUGAGUUUGCUGCUUUGGUCUUCACUCUUCACUGUAAGCUCCCAAGUCACAUGUCCAGAUGAUACUGGUGCGUCUCUUUGUGGACCGGAGAAUGUUAACGUGAGUUUUGACGUUAAAUCUUGGACAAUAUUCACAACGUGGGAUGAUGCCGCGUCUUCUGGUACAAAUGAGGGACUUAUCUAUGACGUGGAGGUUCUAUAUACAGACGACCUGAAGAAGUUGCACACUGAGGCUAUCAAAGUGAGAUCUGACCAGACUGGAACUCAACAUCUGUGGAGCUGGAGGUCUCCGUUGCCUUUCGAGUGCACCACUCACGCAGUCAGACUCCGAUCCCGACACCUAAACAAAACUAGUCAGUGGAGCCCCCUUCAGAUCAAUCCUGGGAAAACUGUGUUGAGCGAACCUGCGAUGGUCCCUAUGGACACUUUCGUCGAGGUUGGCCACAAUUUAACGUUAUGCUGCGUUACCAUGGGGGAGGAGCCAGUCAUGAAGUUCAACGGCACACGCGUGGUCACACGGAUCGGUAACCACAGCUACACAAUCACUGUUCAUAUCCAGGAACCUCUGCCUCUUUGCACAAUUUCAGCCGUCUGCAAAACGGGAACAUAUGGCACUUGCGUUUACGCCGGGUACCCCCCGGAUGACAGGCAACUGAAGUGUGAGACUCGCGACCUGGAGCGUGUGGAGUGUCACUGGAACAUCGGGAGACCCACUCAGUUGAUCAAACGUGGGAGUACCACGUCUUACAAGCUGAACGGACGCUCGUGUCCACAAAAUACGACAUCAAAUUGCAUCCAAACUGUUGACGUAGGCCAAGGGGAAGUGACGUGGAUGUUGGAAGCCCAGAAUCCACUUGGUAUUGUCAAGAUAAAGGAAACAGCAGACUUGAUGAGAAGAGUGCGGAUGCUAGCUCCGGUGAACGUGGUGGCAUCAGAAGUCAAUGAUAGGGAUGUCAGGUUGGACUGGCAGUGGAAGCCACAGAAGUACAAGACCCUGGACAUGCUGUGCCAAGUUCAGCUGGAACACAGUGGACACCGGGAGAUGAGGAACUGUUCUGGUCUGGGUCUUGGGUCUGUAGUUGUGUCUGGUCUGACACCUGCAGACACCUACACAGUGAAGGUGCGCUGUGGGACUGUAAAACACUUCUGGAAGUGGGGUGACAACAGCGAAGACACCACCUUUCAAACCAAAGGGGACAUUCCUGAGGCUUUAGAUGUGUGGAUGCACACUGAGAAAAAACAAACUGUAAUCGCAUGGAACACGCUUUUAGCCAAUCAGAGCCAUGGACACAUCCUGGACUAUGAGGUGAUCUGGGGAAAGUCUGUGGAUCACAGCAGAGAAAGAAGGACUGUGCAUCCCUCGUCCAAGUCCGGUCCGAAUUAUUACACUCUCCCUUUUGUGGCGUCUGGGGAGGAAUACGUUGUCACGGUGACAGCCAGAAACCUGCACGGCAGCUCCCCUCCCUCGUCCGUCACCCUUCCCAGUCGGUUCCCAGAUGGAAUGGUGACCACAAAGGUUUUUGGCCGUGAAGGUGGCUUCGACCUGACCUGGAAUGCUAGCCUCAGUGCUAGCCAUGGCUACGUAGUAGACUGGUGUCCCACAUCCGGAACCUGCUCUAUGGAGUGGGUGAAGGUGCCAGCUGGGGUGACGAGGACCAGAAUCCAGUCAGCCAACCUUGAGGGGUGUGUACGGUAUACGAUCUCCAUCUACGCCUGUACGUCACGAGCUCCAGAACUACUGGAUAGGAGAGAGGGAUACGUAAAAGAGUGCAUUCCAGAAGACACGUUUGCUAUGUUGAACACCAGCCUGAGCGAUUCACAUGUUAGUGUUACAUGGAUCGACAUUCCCCCAGAGCAACAGACAGCGUUCAUUCAUAGAUACAUUCUCACCUACUCUGACGACACAGGAACGAUUAUCAACAUCAGCACAGCCAACGCCACAGAAAACUCCCUGACGGUUUCCCUCAAAGAUCUUCACAGGAAAUCUUACCAAUUCACACUGAAAGCCCUCACAUCAGUUGGGACAACCAAUGGGAGAAACUUUUACGUCAACCUGAAGACUGACCAGCCAAUUUGGGUGAUGCUGCUCUUCCUGGGAGCUAUUUUCCUCUUCGUCUCCUUGGCCACCAUCAUAUGCUACAGGAACAGGCAAUGGCUGAAACGUGAGAUCUACCCCGAUAUCCCCCAGCCUGCAUUAAAGACGGACUGGCUCACGACACUGAAGGGAUACGGGGUUCAGGUGCUCCAUGACGAACUCUGCCAGAGCUCCCAGCUGGACAUCCUUCCAGUGAUGGUUAGCCACAACCAGGAAGAGGAGAAAGCCAUCAGGAGCAGGCACCUGCCAAGAACAACUGCCGAAGUGUCCUCUUCCUCCUCCGAGUCUCGAUACGGAGGCGUAGACUUUGCGAACCCGUCCUACAACUCGUUUGUGUUUCCUGUGGCAGAGAUGGAGCUGUGCGAAGAUUACCACCCCCACACAGGCCCUCUCCUCAGCCCCAACCCUCCGGAGGUUUCCGCGAGGGGACACCUUGUGUUUCCUGAGGCAGAGAUGGAGCUGUGCAAAGAUUACCACCCCCACACAGGCCCUCUCCUCAGCCCCAGCCCUCUGGAGGUUUCUGCAGGAGGAGACUAGGGCGGCUACCGGGUCAAGAUAUAACGAAAUCAGCUCCUCAGAGACAGACUCAACGGAAAGCGUCUUUGCCAGCAGCUCCACACAGUGGAGUUGUCUACUUAGGCUGAUCCGCAGGCGUUCACUGUGUGUCCACAAGGAUUUUUCGUAAAAAUGAACAGUGACACAUGGAGACAUACCAUAGGCUACAAUGAGCAGACACGGGAGGAGGGAGGAGGGAGAAUGAGGACUUGUGAAAUGUACAGUAUGCCUGCUACUUUUAUACUGGAUUCCUCCACUUCUCUACACAUCCUGAUAAAGUUUCUUCACUUUACAAAUCAUUCAUUUAACCUGCAUUAGUUUUUUUGUUUUUUUCUCAUGAAUAAAUGAAUGUUUUAUAUUA